AGUUUGGAUUCACGUUCGUACGUAUAUAUGCAUGACCCACGCGCGCGCCCCCGCGCCGGCCGCAUCGGCGACAACCUGAAUCAAUAAACCAAGAACAAGAGAGGCGAGAGAUGAAGGUGCUGGUCGCGUUGGACGACAGCGGCGGGAGCCAGCACGCGCUAGACUGGGUGCUACGCCGCCUUUUCCCCGUCGGCGACCAGCCGGCGACGGAGGAGGCCCGGCAUGAGCUGGUGCUCGUCCACGCCCUCGAGCCGCUCCACCACGCCAUGUGCCCGGUCGGCGGGCCAGGGUCCGUGGUGUACGGCGCGCCGUCGAUCAUGCAGUCGGUGCGCGCGGCGCAGAAGGAGAGCGCGCGCAGCCUGCUCGACAGGGCCAAGCGGGUCUGCCACAGGCGAGGGGUGAACGCGGCGGCGGUGCUGGUGGAGGGGGAGUCGAGGGAGGCACUGUGCCGCGCCGCGGAGGAUGCGGGCGCCGGCCUGCUCGUCGUGGGCAGCCGCGGGCUCGGCGCCGUCGGGAGGGCGUUCCUGGGGAGCGUGAGCGACUACUGCGCGCACCACGCGAGCUGCCCCGUCAUGGUGGUCCGGCCGCCGCGCGACGACAAGGAUGGCCAGCGGACGAGGUCAUCUCCAAUCAGCUGCCGGUCGCCAUGUUUACGACAGGGGUGGUUAAUGGACGAAUGAUCGUCGCCGCGUUUGUAGUUUCUUCUCGUUCCCUGCUUUUCACUGCCCCAUAUGUCUGUCGGGCCAGUCUAUGUUCGAUGUUCUAGUUUGGUGUCAGCAGAUCCAGUAGCUUUCAUUAAUAAAUAAAAUUCACAAUGACGAUGUCAACCCGCUACUACAGAGAGUACAGACACUACAGGAAAAACAUUAGUUG